CAUUCAUUAAAAUGGCAGCCUACAUCUGGGUCGUCGUGGCGUGUAUUUCCACAUUGAAAUGCUUGCUUAUUCCUUCAUAUCGAUCCACUGAUUUUGAAGUGCAUCGUAACUGGCUAGCCCUCACACAUAGUCUACCCGUGUCCAAAUGGUACUUUGAGGACACUUCAGAAUGGACUCUGGAUUACCCACCAUUCUUUGCAUGGUUCGAGUACGUCCUGUCCCAGGUCGCCGUGUUCUUCGACCCUGAAAUGCUCAAGGUCGAUAACCUCGGCUACGCGUCAGCAGCCACCGUCCUCUUCCAGCGACUCUCUGUCAUCGUAACGGAUCUUGUCUUGGCGUAUGCAGUCAAAGAAUUUUGCCUAACUCUACCCAAGCCAUCCAUCUACCGUCGGGAGGAAGGCAUGCGAGGGUGGUCACAACCUGGCUUCAUCCUCUCCAUCCUUCUCAUCGCAAACUUUGGGCUCCUCAUCGUCGAUCAUAUUCAUUUUCAGUACAAUGGUUUCCUUUUUGGGUUAAUGCUUUUAUCUAUCACAAGAAUAUGCCAGGAUCGAACUCUAGAGGGAGCUUUUUGGUUUGCCGUGCUACUAAACUUCAAGCACAUCUAUGUCUAUGUAGCUCCAGCGUAUUUCAUCUAUCUUCUUAGGACGUAUUGUUUUACUGCAUCAAAUAAAGAUGGAGGUGUGAAAUGGACAAGUUUUUCUCUUGUAAGAUUAAUCUGCCUUGGCUCUGUGGUGGUAUCUGUCUGUGCCUUGUCUUUUGGCCCAUUCAUUGCUAUGGGCCAGCUUCCUCAGGUGCUCUCUCGGCUGUUCCCGUUCAAGCGAGGGCUCUGCCACGCCUACUGGGCACCUAACUUCUGGGCCCUCUACAACGUGGCCGACAAGGCCCUGACCAUCAUCGGUAUCAAGUCUGGAGUGGUCUCUGGGGACAUCCUCAAGCAGAAGGCGUCCAUGACUGCAGGUCUGGUCCAGGAGUUUGAGCACACGGUCCUACCUUCGGUCCCACCUAUAGCCACUUUUGUGAUGACAGGGCUUUCAAUGAUGCCAUCAUUACUCCACCUCUGGCGCUACCCUGGCGGUCCAAACGGUUUCAUCCGUUCCAUCACGCUGUGUGCCUUCAGUUCGUUCAUCUUUGGAUGGCACGUCCAUGAAAAGGCCGUCCUCUUGAUGAUUGUGCCUCUCAGUUUACUGGCAGUACAAAGUUUCAAAGAUGCCCAAGUCUUCCUAUUAUUAUCCACUGUUGGUCAUUUUUCGCUCUUCCCACUUCUAUUCACUCCAGCAGAAACCCCAAUAAAAGUCUGUUUGAUGAUUGUCUAUACCUGCUUUUGUUUUCUGUGCAUGGAAUCUUGUCACAGAUCCAUCAAGCAAUCAUUCUCCCUCCCCUACCUCCCGCUGCUGAAUCCCAUAGAUACCAUGUACAUUGUGGGGCUGGUACCCCUGUAUGUGUACUGUGAUAUCAUGCAUCCUCUAUUAGGGCUGUCAGAACAACUGGCUUUCCUCCCUCUGUUAUUGAUAUCAGUGUAUUGCUCAGUAGGUGUUAUAUACUCAUGGUUGCGACUCUACUCUAACACACUAAAGAGAGGGGGUGUCAAAGUAGAACAUAGCAAGCAGGACUAGAUAUUUUUUCUUUUUCUAAAUAAAAUUACAUACAUUGAAUUCCUAUUAUUUUUGUUGUUUUCUUCGGUUAUCUGUUGCAUAGUUUGACUCAUGCUAGAUGAUUGAAAAGUACAUGCCACAAUUUUUAGUAUUUUUAUCUUCAAUGCUCUUCUUCAAACAUACAUGUAAGCUUCAGUAAAGAUAGCACUGUUGGCAUGACACUGGCAUCAUUAUGAGCUACAUGUAACUGCACUGAUGUUCAGUAAUUAGAUGUGAAAAUGAAAAUACUGAUGGUUUCCUGCGGAAGGUUCUUAAGUUUCAGUUAUAUGCGUUGCCCUAUUCUAAAUACUUAUUUUCAGUUCUUUAAAAUACUGAAGUCUUCUUGUUAAGGUUAGUAGCUCUGAUGUAGAGUUUGAAUGAACAACAUUCUUAAUAGGUUUUCAGGGUCCAAAUAGAACUUAUAGAGAGGAUUUUUAUAUAAAACUUAAAAACGUUUUGCCUUAUUCUCUGCCAUUCCAAAGUUUAUAUUACAAUUACGACUACCUUGUGAGGUAUUUAUGUACAGUACACCAUACAUGUAUGUUCAUCAUAAAAGUAGGUUGAUUUUCAUUUGUCUUCCAAAGAUGUAUAUGAAUUCUUAAGGCCUUGCCUACAAGGUUUUGCCAAAUUUAUUUUAAGUAUGUAAAUGUAGUUACUAUAAUUUUAAACUGCUUGUUUUGUUUUCAUUUCAUAACAAUGUUGAUGUUUCGACUCUUAUCUCUCAGCUGCCUAAUUGAAAUAUAUCUGUAAAAUUGAUAAGAUGAAGUGAUAAUAGGCACAUAGACAUAGUGCUAGCUAUCAAGACAUAGUGGAUGUGACGUGGUGGAGCAGUUCUGACUCGUUUUGUAAUCAGUGGUU